UAGUGUAGGCAACACUGCACACUGCUACUAGUGGCAAAAAUGGCGCUGAGCAUGUCGGCUGUGUUGAGGGGUUUUCUUACCAAUAAGCAAAUUGUCGGACGUAGCAUAGGGGCGACCAGCUGCUGCGCUCGUCUAACCCAAAAUUCUGUUCGAGGAUUUGCGACACAAAAGUACAGCAGCACUGGCACCUUACCGCCAGCGCCAAAGCGGCCUCCUUCUGGCUUCAUUCUCUUUGCGGCAGACGCCAGAAAGACCGUACUCAAGGAAAACCCAGCCCUCGCACCUACUGAAGUUAUUAAGGUGGUUGCAGGAAAAUGGAAAACAGCUGACGAUGUUACAAGAAAUAAAUAUGCUGCUUUAGCUCGUGAACGCUUUGAGCAGUAUGAGAAAGAAAAAGCUGCCUACACUUCUCAACUGACCGAGCAGCAGAGGGAAGUCCUUGAAGAAGUCAGGCUGGACAAGAAAUUAAAGCUCACCAAAAGGAGGUUGAAUGAUAAACUUAAAGAAUUGGAUAAACCUAAAGGAGCCCGGUCAGCUUAUGUGCUGUUUUCUACAGAAAUGCGGAAGAAGCUACAGGAGAAACCUCCAAAGAGUGCAGUUGGCAGCAGUAUUUCUUCAUGGUUUCUAGGGAAGCUGCCUAGUAAAAGUGAGGUUCCAUCCCCACAGGAGAUCAUGACUCAACUUGGUGCCAUGUGGAAGCAGCUGCCUGAAGAAAAGAAACAGCCAUAUCUGCACAAGGCUGAUGAGGACAAACUCCGAUAUGAACGGGAGAUGAAGGCCUGGUCACAGCGGCUGGAGAAGGAAGGCCAAAGUGACGUGCUAAAUGACCUAAGAGAAGACAUUCGUGAAAUUCGAAAAAGCAAGCAUGGCUCUGCUCGCAAGAUUGUCGCAUAGUAAUGCAGUGAAAAAAGCAGGGCAAAUUAUUUUGUGCUCAUUAGUUUUCCUCUGCCCGUGUUUACCAAUACAUAUUCAUUCUUGAGUGACUGCUGCAUAUUUUAGCACGCUGUUCCCACUUUGCCGGUAUUGUUAUCAUUACGUUGCAUUAAUUUGUUUGAAUUAUCAGUGCUUGCCUGGUACACUUUUAACAAUGUCUUUGAUGCCUACGGCUAGGUAGCAGCUGUGUGCUGAAUAUUUAAAUGUGAAUUUUUUUGUUAAUUCAUUUCAUGGUGGCUGCUCAGCUUGCAUACA